AUGCCACAGCCAAUGAACGUAACUUGGGUCAUGGGCUAUCCAACGGGCAAGGAGCAAGGAAAGUUUUUGAUCCUCGACAUGGGAGGCACCAACCUGCGCGUAAGUCAGGCGGAGCUUUUCGGUAGUGAUCGCGAUAUGGAGUCCAUCCAGGAAAAGUACAGUAUACCCCAGUCGAUCAAGCAAGGUACAGCCGACGAUCUGUGGGAUUUCGUGGCGGACUGUGUGCGGAAGUUUCUCCAGUCACGACUCAGUGAAAGUGAAAGAUCGAAAGUGUUGCCGCUUGCCUUUACGUUCUCCUAUCCCGUCAUUCAGUCGUCUAUAAAAGUCGGGGUCCUUCAGCGCUGGACGAAAGAUUUCUGCGUAUCUGGAGUUGAAGGUCAUGAUGUUGUAUUUCAGUUAGAGGCUGCUUUUGAACGGAAGCAAAUUCCCGUCCGAGUCGUGGCUUUGAUCAAUGAUACGGUCGGGACGCUCUUCGCCGCGGCGUAUGGAGACCGAGAGGUCAAGAUCGGUAGUAUAGCAAGCACCGGUUGCAACGCUGCAUACAUGGAAGAGAUUGGUGCAAUCCCAAAGAUCCAAGGCUGCGGGCUACCAAGCGAUGCUCUCGUCGCGAUCAACACCGAGUACGGUGCCUUUGAUAAUUCACGCCGCAUACUGCCGCGGACACGAUUCGAUGAUGAAAUCGACCGGACAUCCGCGCAUCCAGGCCAGCAGCUUUACGAGAAGAUGGUCUCCGGGCCGUACCUGGGGGAGCUGCUCCGACUGGUGAUGUUGGAACUGCACGAAGCCAAACUUCUCUUUGUAGGUCAGGAUGUUUCGUGCUUGCGCCAGCCAAAUGCCCUGGACGCUUCCCUCUUCCCAACCCUGGAGGAGGAUAUCGGCGAGUGCAUGGAAAACGCUCGUAAGUGUCUGUGGGAGAAGAUGGGCCUUGAUCCAGCUCCGCACGAACUCAAGGCCUGUCGAUACCUGGCCGAGUUGGUUGGGACGCGUGCUGCCCGUCUCUAUUCAUGUGGGAUCGCAGCGAUCUGCAAGAAACGCAAUAUCGAACGCUGCCAUGUGGGCGUUGAUGGGUCAAUUUUUGGUCAUUAUCAGAAUUACCGCAAGCGAGCGGCGCAGGCCCUCCGUGAUAUUUUUGCAUGGCCCGAUGACCUUGGGGAUCCGAUUGUAUUUGAGUUCUACGAAGACGGGUCUGGAGUUGGCGCCGCGUUGAUCGCUGCGUUGGCUCUUGAGAGAUCGGAUGGAACUGUUCUUAGCAGGACAGAGUAG